AUCCUCUCUAUCCAUUUGAUACGCAAACUAAAGAUGGAAAGUCUUCCAUUUGAUAUAAAACAAAUUUUAGAAAAUAAUUUGGUAGACCAGUCUGGCUACGGUGGAACUAAAAAGCAGAGUCAUUCUACCACUAGUAGCUCUGUUAGUAGUAGUAGUGAUGAUAGCGAUAGUGGCAGCGAUCAAAACAAGAACAACGAGGAGCUGGAAGAUGAUGACAGUGACGCUGACGAUCAAUGGGAAGUUGAUAGCAAUCCAAUCACUCAAGACGAAAAUCCUAUUCCAACAUUGGACGCACUCUUAGAAAACGCAGACCCAGAGGAUCCUAUAGCUUCAAAUAACCAACCUUUUCAUACAAAAAAUGAGCUCACUGAUCAUCAGAUAAAUCCUUUACCUUUUGAAAAGUUCCCAGUUGAUAUAAAGCUCCUCCCAGUUGGACAUUUGCACUCACUUAUAGAUAAUAUCCUCGUCAUACAAUCAUCAUCUUCGGGUGAACACAGUACGCUGGAUCAAGAUACUCUCAUCUGUUUAGAAGAUGGUACUUUGAUAGGUGAAAUUUUUGAAACUUUUGGAUCGAUUUCUUCACCUUUCCACUCUAUUUUAGUCAAAGAGGGUGCUAUAGACAUAGAGAUAGUUAAAUCUAAACAAAAAGUAUUCUAUGCACCAGAACAUGCCAAAAUUAUCGACACUAGGAUCUUACAACAAUUGAAAGGUUCUGACGCGUCCAACGUCUAUGACGAAGAAAUACCUGAAAACCAACAGGAAUUUUCAGAUGAUGAGGCUGAACAAUCUGCCAAAAAGGAGAAGAAAGCGAAGAAUAGAGUAGCUAAACAAUCUAACAAGAAUGAUUUCAUUGAUUACGUACCUCAACAAAGACCAGCAACUCUAGAUUACAAUGAUAACGAUUUCAAUCCUGAAGUCGCUUUGAAAGGUGCACCACAGCAGCCACAGCAGCCACAGCCAUCCUCUUUAGAUCAGCAAUAUAAUCCAUAUCAAUUCAUGCCAUAUAAUCCUAUUUUAAUGGCACAGCAAUUCACUGCUAUGCAAGCACAAAUGCAAGCACAUAUGCAAAACUGGAACAACAACAACAAUAACAAUUAACGAUUCGCAGUAAACACAUCUUCUCUUCAAACGAUCAAGUCGAAUUAUUUAAAUUAUAUUUAUUUAUUCACGUUCAUUACUUUCUCAUCAUGUUCUACGACGAUGAUAUCAGCAGCAUUUGGAAGAAUGACAACAAACUAAAAUCUUUUACAGUCCCAAAACAAUCACCACAAUCUGACAUAGCUUUUGUAUCUCUCCAGAACAGCAACCACGCUGUUUUACAUAACUCGAAUAUGCUCACA